GCCGCGCUCCCACUCGCCCACACAGUCCGUGUGCAGCCAGCAGCUUUGCGGAGCUCGGUCGGCCCCCGCUCUGCCCGGCCCGCAGGUACGAGCCGCCGAGGGACGCGCGGCCCGGCUUCCCCGCUCCCGCCGCCCGCUUCGAGAAAUAAACAUGCAGGACUCCUGGGUUUCCAGAAGCACCCCCUUCUUCAUCGCCCGCUGUUCGGACCUGGCAUUUCUUAGGCCUGGUCUCUUGCUCUUUCUUUUAAUGCAAAGAGCUUUUGCAAGGGGCUAAGCCACAGCCCCUCUGGGUGAUGCGUGCCCCACCUUUGGCGCCUGGCAGGGCUCACUCACAGCCACCAUGAGCGAGGCCUUUGACUGUGCAAAAUGCAGCGAGUCCCUGUAUGGCCGCAAAUACAUCCAGACGGACAACGGCCCCUACUGUGUGCCCUGCUAUGACAGCACCUUCGCCAACACCUGUGCCGAGUGCCAGCAGCUUAUCGGGCAUGACUCCAGGGAGCUGUUCUAUGAAGACCGCCACUUCCACGAGGGCUGCUUCCGCUGCUGCCGCUGCCAGCGCUCCCUGGCCGACGAGCCCUUCACCUGCCAGGACAGCGAGCUGCUCUGCAAUGACUGCUACUGCAGCGCCUUCUCGUCGCAGUGCUCGGCCUGCGGCGAGACCGUCAUGCCCGGGUCCCGGAAGCUGGAAUACGGAGGCCAGACAUGGCAUGAGCACUGCUUCCUGUGCAGCGGCUGUGAACAGCCGCUGGGCUCCCGUUCCUUUGUGCCCGACAAGGGCGCUCACUACUGCGUGCCCUGCUAUGAGAACAAGUUCGCUCCGCGCUGCGCCCGCUGCAGCAAGACGCUGACACAAGGUGGCGUGACCUACCGUGACCAGCCCUGGCAUCGAGAAUGCCUAGUCUGCACAGGGUGCCAGACGCCCCUAGCAGGGCAGCAGUUCACCUCCCGGGAUGAUGAUCCCUACUGUGUGGCCUGUUUUGGAGAACUCUUUGCACCCAAGUGCAGCAGCUGCAAGCGCCCCAUCACAGGACUCGGUGGAGGCAAGUAUGUGUCCUUUGAAGACCGCCACUGGCACCACAGCUGCUUCUCCUGCGCCCGCUGCUCUACCUCCCUGGUGGGCCAAGGCUUCGUGCCGGACGGAGACCAAGUGCUGUGUCAGGGCUGCAGCCAGGCAGGGCCCUGAGCCAGGACUCCUGGGCCCAGGGCCUCCCAAACCAGGGCUCCAGGACUGAGGCUCCUUCUCCACACCACCUUUGGGACCCAGCCCCUCCCCAAACUGGGGCUCCUCCUGGGCUCCAGGAGUCAGCUUCCCUGCUCUCGCAUCCCCAAACUGGUACUCCCUGACCCAGGGCCCCCCAACCUGGAUCCUUAUGGAGCCUCCAUGAUUCAAGCCUGGACUCCAGAAUUCAGCCCUCUCCUCACGGUUUGGGUCCCAGACCAGGCCCUCUCCCCAAAUCAAGGUUCUAGACCCAACCCUCCAAACUGGACGCUGGGACCCAGGCCCCCUUCAAUCUAGACUUCUUUCCAGAGACUUUAGGUCUUCUGUGGGUGCCUCAAAAGUGGACUCUCCUCAGGCUUGAUCCUCCCCACCCCCAUCCCACCCUAUCCCCGGGGCUGGGGUUCUCUGGGCCGCGAAUCAGGGGUUCACUGUUUAAGGGGAUCCUAGAGCACAGGGUUUUGCCCAGUCUGUGUCUGGCGAGUGUUUUCUCAUUUCAUUUGAGCUCCAUUUUUGCCCAGAGAUGGGCAGAGGGGUGGGAUUGGUUCACCCCCCCUUCCAGAUUCUGCAAUAAAGCAGUGU